AUGCCUCUUCUGGUUCAGUGUCUGUCAUUUGGAUCCCCCGAUGAGCAGUUGCUAGAAGCUACUUUGUGUCUGACCAAUAUAGCAGCAGGAAAACCCGAAGAAACAAAAGCAUUGUUCCCUGCGUUGCCAUUACUUAUGGUCAUCUAUGAGGAGGCCUCUUGGGCCAUCUCUAACAUUGCUGCUGGUUCUUUUGAGCACAAGAAAUUAAUACGGUCAAGUGAAGCAGCACCACUGCUGUUGUGCCUUCUUUCAACUGCACCUUUUGAAAUGGCAUAUGUUAUAAGAAACCUGUGUGUUGCCCCAUCAGAAGGAUCUGGUGCACGAAUCAUAGAUUGGGAGGCGAUUUCUUCGCAUUCUGCUUCGCUGCCUUUGUUGCCUUUGCUCCUGCCUCAAGUUUCUCAAUUUGGGCCUGCUUUGGGGAUUGGAUUGGAUUAG